AUGGCAACUGUCGAUAUGGGAUUGUUGGAGUCUCCAUUACUGUCGUUUGCGCAAGAUGGCGAUGAGGCAUUUUCAGACUACAGGCACGCAGUUCCUGUGCACACGCUUCUUCUCCGGACAUCUGCUGCUUCAGAUUCAAAACUCCCUUUCCCUCGAUUACCGUAG